AUGCAGGGGAACAAGAAGUGCACGGAUGGGUUCAGCGACACCUCCAGCAUCGGCAGCGUGCUGGACGAGGCCGACAGGGAGGUGAGCAGCCUCACAGACCGUGCCUUCCGGAGUCUGUGCCUCUCCGAGGACCCGUUCUUCCACGACUCCGAUCUGGCCCUGUCCCAGGACCCCACCGGCCAGGUGCUCGGGGCGUUCCCCCAGGGCACGGUGAGCCACACCCAUAGGAAAAGUGGCAUCUGGAGCCAGCUACCGGCGUCGCAAGGCACGGAGCAUGCAGGCUGGGCGGCCACCUUCCAGCAGCUACCCAAGUACGUGCAAGGCGAGGAGAAGUACCCCAAGAGCAGCCCCCCGCUGACUCCGGCCCAGAGGAGGCUGGAGGUGCCGGUGUCGGGCCUCAGGAGCGGCAGCAAGCCCAUUUCCAAGGUCUCGUCACUCAUCAAAUCAUUUGACAGGCCCGAGAGCCAGCGCUGCGACAGCAGGCCGCCUCCCAGCAAGCCCCCCGUUCUGAAAACCACCCCCAAAUUCGCUCCUCUUCCAGACAGCGGAGUCAACUUCUGCUUUGAUUCCGCCUUCUUAACCGUCCGCAGAGUGCCCGCCGAGGUGUCCAACACUCAUCAGAACAGCCACCAACCCAGCAGGAAGCACGGAGGCCAGGAGUCCCCCAAGAACCCCGACAUGGCUUGUCCUGGCUCCGGCAGCUUCCUCCCAGGCACGGACACUGUGGCCAGCUCAGCCCAGUUCCCCUCCCCACCCCACAAGCCAGCCAAGGGCGACCCCGGGAGAGGCAAAGAGUGGGCUCCCAAGGGGACAUUUCUGCACAGUGAGAACAGUGCUUUCGAGUCAUGGAACGCCCACCAGCCCAAGCUCUUGGAGAGAAAGGAUGCCACGGACCCCACCCCAGAAACCAAGGCCCCCAAGCUUUACCAAGAUGCGCCCUUGCUAAGGGAGCCCCAGCCCCCCGAGCACAAGGUGUCUCCCUGCCAAGUCCGGGCCAGCUGUGGUCAGGAAGAGAGCAGGUUAGCUGCAGGGGCUCUGUCCACAUCAGGACCCUGGGGGCUCAGGGACCCAGGAUCCCAGGUGUUCGCGACAGAGGGCAAAGCUGCCAGCUCAGAGCCUGACCCUCAGGUGAAACCCAGCCAGCCUCCCUGGAGGAAACCGAAACUUGGCAAAGGAGGGAAAGAGAAUCUACAGGAUGGGCCAGAAGGGAAGCAACAGAGCCCCAGGAGGGAGCCGCCCUUGUACACAAAGCACAAUCCCCAGGGGCAGUUUCCAGAACAGGAGGCUCCUGACGGGGACCCCAGCCAGCAGUACAGCCCCCCCUUUAACAUCAGUAAGCUCCUGACGCCCAUCAUCCCCACCAAGCAUGCUCUGGACGCCUCAGCCAGCCAGCCGCCGGACACAACCCCCUCCCCGCCGGGCCAGCUCAAUGGCUACCAGGAGAAGGAGCCCGGCGAAUGUCCCUCGCGGGACAGCUACAAGUCCAAGGCCCCCAGCCUGCUGUUCAACCUGAAGGAUGUACGGAAACGCGUGAAGAGCACGUACAGCCCCUCGCCUCUCCUGAAAGGGCUGGACGAGAAAAGCAGAGGGAAGGCUGACGGGCAGCAGGAGGCCCUCAGUGACUUGCUGCCCCUUGCCAACGGGCUCGAGGAGAGCCCGCCUCACGAGCUCACCGAGGACAGCCCCGCCGAUGCCCCUCCUGCAUCCUACACUGGCACCCAGCAGGACCCCGCAGCCCGCCCCAGUGAGACCUCUGCAGGCAGCCAUGCAGCCCUGGGCUCGCCUCCGACUCCUGCCCAAGCCCCGUGCUGUGCCAACGGGGAGGCUGCGGAGAGGAGCUGCGAUGAGAAGGUUGAAGCCGACGAGGAUGGAGAGGCAGAGGUGGGUGCCGCCAGGCCCGGCUUCCGGCCAGACUCCAGGAACCGCCGCCCCAGGAAGCACCUGUCCCUGAAGCUUACAUGUGGCUUGGAGUCUGAGGCUGUGGCCGUGGAGACCCAGCAGCUGCAGAAUGGGCUCCCGAGAUCCAUCUCCCAGGACACGGAAGCCGAGAGAGAGCUGGGGCUUCCGAACCUGCACCCGAUGCAGAAAUUCUCCCCAGGGCCUCUGUCACCGGAGGAGGAAGACGUGUUCUACAGUGACAGCCAGUCUGACUUUACGCCCGGCUUCCAAAGCAAGGCCAAGUUCAGCACCAGUUCCUCGGAUCAAUCCUUUGCUUCAUUCGACGAGCCGCAGAAGCCGUGGUCUGCCGCCACGGCCGCCGAGAGCCAGCGGGACGAGAGGAGGAGUGAUGGGAGUGCAGGUGAUGGUGAGGAGAAGGAGAAAGGGGGUGCGGGGGGCAGUGAGGCCCAGCCUCAGGCCACCGCCGCCAACGGGAACCAGAAGGAGUGCGCGCAAGAGCACAGGCAGAGGGAAGUGUUGUUGCAGAGAGAAGGGGAGAGACUGCCUGCAGGGAGACAGAGGGAGGCAUCCACAGAGGAAGUGACUUUCAGAGGCUCUCAGCCCGAGGCGGUGAGGGACAAGGCCCUGGUGCACGCCAAAGACCCCAUCCCCUCGCCACCUUCUGCGGCCAACAAGCACAUACUGUUUGCCAUCAAAGACAACACACUCAGGGCCACCCCGGUCAUCAAGCCGGUGAUGCUGCCUCUCCUGAGGGCCAUGUCCUCUGAGGGCUCGCUCAGUGGCAGCCACAAAGGGGACGACUCACCCAGGCCAGCGUGGGCUGAGGACGCCCAGCUGGGUGCCCCGGAGAGCCAGGGUAGGCGCGGCAACUGCACCCCUACCAACGCGUGGGGCAUGCACCUGAAGCCCGGCGCCCCCCACGGCCUGGAGGACCCGGACACAGCACAGCAGCCCAGGGUGGCCAGGAUGGAGGCCUCUCAGCCAGCGCACGAAGAGCUUUUCCCAGAUCUGCCACUGGUGAGAGAAGGGGAUGGGAGGAAGGCCCCCCUAGAGGUAGCCCGCAAAGCGCCCUGGAGCAAGAGUAGUUCGGCCACGCCCUGGGAAAUCCCUACCAUCGCUUUAACGGACAGCGACAGCGACCAGGCAACUCAGCCUCGCCCACAGCCGCCGGGCACCUGCUGGGAGGAGCAGGCGCGGGGUUUCCAGGGCCACUUUUUGGCUGCACCCAGAGCAGGGCCCCCAGGGAGAAGACUGCACCCCGGGGAGGCAGCGGCAGUGGCGGCUUCUCCAAACCCCAGCUCCCUGGAGGAGGGCAGUGCGUACUCCCCCGCAGCCAGCAGCCUUUGGGACGACGCUUCCCAAGCCCCCAGCGAACCGGCGGACGAGCCGCCGCGAGCCAGCCCCUGGGCCGGCCCUGGCCAGGCCAGGGUCACGCGGCGCGAGGACCUGACGCACGCCCUGGUGUGGGAGACUGACGGCUCCGAUCCCCAACUCGAAGGGGCCUCGGAAGAUCUCCGGACGCUGUCUCCGAGAGGCGCGCUGCGGGACGCCUUCCCUAGCCCCGCGGGCCCCCCGGAGAAGCCCGAGUCUCCUGCGCAGCCGCCGCAGCCGGCGCCGCCGCCACCGCCGGAGAGGGCGGCCGGCAAGCCUCCCGCAGUCCCACCCAAAACGGAGAAGGCCCUGCGGCGCGCCAAGAAGCUGGCCAGCAAGCGGCGCAAGAGCGAACAGGUGCGGGAGAAGCCGCCCGAGCCUGGGGACGCCACGCCCGGCGCCACCGCCGAGGACUGGGCACGGGCGGAGCGCAGGCCGCCGUCCCCGGGAGACGGGCCCCGGCCGCGGUGCGCCGCGCUGCGCUCGCUGCCGCCUCCCGCGCACCGCCACUCGGUGUCCGGCUUCCCGGAGCCCGUGGGGAGGUGGCCCGGAGGCCCCCAGGCGCUCACACCCCUGCCCCCGUACCCCGCCACCCAGAAGGUCCUCCAGGACCCGCAGUCCGGGGAGUAUUUUGUCUUCGAUUUGCCGCUGCAGGUGAAGAUCAAGACCUUCUACGACCCCGAGACGGGCAACUACGUCAGGGUCCCGAUCCAGGCCUCCGCCGGGGGCUCCCCGGAGCCGCCCCCGGCAGACGCCCUGGCGGCCCCGUACGUCCUGUACCCGAGCUGCCGGCCGGUGCCCGUGACCGCCCUGAGGCCGCUGCGCUGCUCCUCCCAGCUGGCCGCCCCCACCUUCCUGCGGCAGGCACCCCGCGCCCUCGAGGGCGCCCGCGCGCGGCCCCAGAGCGCCCACGACGUGGGACUGCAGCUGAGCGCCGGGCCCCGGAGCGAGCCCGCCCCGCACGCCGCCACUGCCGCCCAGCGCCCCCGGGGGCUGCCCAGGAGCCCGGACGGGGCAGGCGCGGAAGCGCCGGACCUGGGCAUCAUUUCCACCGAUGACCUGGAGGACUUCGCCACCGAGGGCGUUUCUUGA